AUGGAUACUGACUGGUGCAUCAUGUGCAAUUCUCACUGCAAUAUUCCCGGUGCUAUAUAUUGCUCUGAAGAAUGCAAGAUUCAAGACCAUUUGGGAUGUUCUUAUCCUACAUCUCCAAGUUCAACCUCUCCACCAUUAUCGCCACCUGCCUUGUAUUCUAGCAAGCCGAUUUUAACUUCUUCCGCGUGGCUUAUGUCAAAAGUUCAAUUACCUCCUCAGCAACAAACAACUUUAUUUUAUCACCGUGCUCCAUUACCUCGUUACUAUAAACCCGGUGGUUCUUCAAAAGUUUACUCUAAUCCUAGAAAUUUACGCGCGAGGAGAAUGUCUAAAUCUCUUUACGUCCAAUAA